AUGGAUACCGUUACUUCAUCAAAUUCAAAAUCACGACUUAAUUCCUCAGAUUUGUCAUCAGAAAAUGGGUUAUUAGGCAUAUUAGACCUAAUCACCGACGACGAAAGCAGGACACCAGUUAUGGAGGUUUCUGAUAAGUCAUCCAAGAUUAAUAACCUGAUUUUUGGACCCCAUUUGGUCAACUUAUCUUCUAUCUCUAAUCAUUUGAUCAAUGAGAGUACUGUUCCAAAGUCUACACCCUCAAAUGACCAAAAUACCCUUGACCGUGAAACAGUACCGAUGGCGAUAACAGCAAGCCAGAUAUUGCUUUCCGAGGACUAUACCCGUGUAACUUGUUACGGUCCAAACCCUAGAAUCACCCACAUUUUCCUUGACUUAAGCCUGGAAUUCCAUCCGAACCGGUUGAUCAUCGCUUCCGGAAAGAAGAGAGAAGAGGUGAUGAUCAGUUUAUUUCAUCAAGUGGCCACCUGCUCUGGCGCCCCUUCUGUUGAGUUCCCCAACUUGUGUGAAGCAUGCAGCAAGAAAAUGGAAGUGGGGGAAGAUGUUUACAUUUACAGGGGUAAGUCAUCAUUUUGCAGUUAUGAAUGCCUAGCUGUGGGGAUUUUAGCUGAGGAAAUAUCAAAAGCAGCUGAUAAGAGCCUUUCUUUCUCCGGCAACGACGAGCUUAUGGUGGUUUCAGCUUUCAAUAUGGUAAAAUGGGAGCCACAGAUCGAACUAGCUUGGAGUUUGAUUUUGUAG